GGGGAAUGGACGUCCGAGCGAUGACGAACCCUCCUGGUCCUCGUCUACCCCUUUUCGCCUCGGGGCCCUCGCGGGGCGGACCGCGCGCGGGGUUGGAUGCCCGGGGCCCGCGCCACGCGCACCGGCGGCGAUGGUGACGGCGACGGCGGCGGUCCGAAACCUUCCUCGAGCAUCCCCGCGCCCGUCGACGGCAUCGGCGACGACACGUCAGGUGGCGUUCCACCUCCUGCACGGCGACAGCGACGACGCGCCCGCGAGCCACCAAUUCGCGCAGCGCUUCGGGCUGGGCGCGGGGUACCUGCCUCUGAUGGACAUGUUCUUCAACCAGACAGGCCUGCCCGAGCUCUACAGCACCGCGGCCCUGCCGCACCGCGUGUCCGACGUUCUGAGAGAGGCGAUGUGGUUGUCCCGCUGGCCGCACCCGCGGCCCGCGGUGCCCGGGCGCUGCAACGAGACGGUGCCCAUGCGGUAUUGAUGCAGCGGGCUGGCCGUAGACUGAGCGGGGAGGCGCGAGACGUGGAGGCGGGCACUCGCGCGGCCGCCUCCGAAAGUCAAGGGCUCCCUCGAGGGCGCGAAGUUAUUCGCGCUUCGCGCUUCGCGGUCCUCGUUCCUUCUCCCCCU